GUAGGAUCUUGAGCUCAAGCAACAAACUGGAAAGAGAAGGGUGGUUCUGCAAACCACCUGACAAAAAAAACUACCAAGAACCUGAGCCAACGAACAAACAAAGGAAAGCAGGCAACAAUGAAGACAACACUAGCAACCCUGACUCAUUGCCUGGUUAUUCUGAUGGCCACCGGCAACCCCUUCGAAAGGAGAGGAGGCUCGGCCACCAGCGGGAAGGAGAAGAAGAUGCAGUAUGCAGCGUGGGACGACGUGAAUGUGAUUGCCCAUGGCCUGCUCCAGCUAGGCCAAGGCCUCAAGGAGCAUGUGGACAAAACCAAGGGCCAGAUGAGGGACAUCACUGCCACGCUGAAGGUCUUCAACGGCACUGCAGCGGACCUGGGCAAGGAGAGCCAGAGGCUGCAAGCGGAGGGUGAGGUGUUGAAGGCCAAGGCCCGGGGGCUGGAGGACAGGGAGGUCCAGGUUCUCAACGAGACGGCCGAGCUGAGGGAGAAGACAGCGGAGAUGCAGCAGGAGAGGAAGCGGGUGGAUGAGAGGAUGAACAAGCUGGAAGAGAAGAUGGAUGACAUGCUGCAAGGAGAGGGGCUGCCCGACAUGAACAUGGGCAACACAGGCAACUACAGCGAUGCACGCAUCAUUCAGUGGAUGCUGGAAGCUCAGAAUAAACGUAUUGAUGACCUGGUCAACAGAAUCCAACUCCAGCAAGAUAAACUUGAAAAGCAGAACGUGCGCAUCAGGACCCUGCAACACCAGAUUCAGCUGAAAAAAGAGAGACCAGCAUUCAGGCGUAAACCAGAAGAGGCCGUUCAAAAUGGCAGCAUUGAGCAGCGCGACUCACCCAUCGAGAUGGCCUCAGACUGCCAUGAGCUGUUCCUGAGAGGCGAGCCGGCCAGCGGAGUGUACACCAUUCAGCCAUUAAACUCCCAAUCCUUUCAAGUCUUCUGCGAAAUGACAACUGAAGGUGGCUGGACCGUGAUCCAGAGGCGCCAGGAUGGCUCAGUUGACUUUGACCAGCUAUGGCAGGCCUACCAGAGCGGCUUUGGCAGUCUGAAUGGUGAGUUCUGGCUUGGUCUUGAGAAGAUGAGCGCCGUGGUCAAAGACACAGACUACAUCCUCAAGGUUAAGUUCUCCGACUGGAGGGACGAUUCUGAGAGCAUCCAGUACCCCAUCCGUCUCGGCGGGGAGGAGAGCCACUACGCCCUCCACAUCCAAGAGACCUCCAACGGCAACCUGGAGAGCGCCCUGGCUACCGAGGCCUCCGGCCUGCCCUUCUCCACCCGUGACCAAGACAAUGACCAGAAGAGCGACACCAACUGUGCCAAACACCUCUCUGGUGGCUGGUGGUUCAGCAACUGUGGACGUUCCAACCUGAACGGCCGCUACUUCAUGAGCCCUCCUCCCAAGCAGAGGCAUCAGAGGAAGCAGGGGGUCUUCUGGAAGACCUGGCGUGGCCACUACUAUCCCCUGAAGACCACCGUCAUGAUGAUCGCCCCCGCUGUGAUGGAGAACAAGUCAUAGAGGAAAGACGCUCAGCAUUCUGACACAUUUUCUCCUCCUGAACUGAAACACUGUUAGAGGUGGUUAGCCGAUGACUUGGGUUGCUAGCCAGUCAGUCCUGGCUUCACCCAGUGAGACUUCCAACAAAGACAAGGCCAUUAUAAAAAAUGAAAUAACUCAUACUUGAAUGGGCUCCAUGUUUCCAAUUCUCUGUUUUUCAAAAGUCUUAAAGUCUCUCAGCUAGAUUCACAACCGAACAAUGCAUAAAUGUAUCUUUAAGAUGUUAAAAAGUACAUGAACAUGUGAAUCUAGCAGUGGAAAGUUAGCAAGAGUGUUUCACCACAGCUGUGGUAUGAGCUCACUGUUAAUCACUGUUUAAAGCAACCUUGGGCCUCUCAGACUGCAUCAAUGAAUGGAGCAGAAUGAGGCGAGUUCCAACAUGUGUUUUGUGUUGCAUGAAACCAAGCAUUUUCCACGUUAAGACCUAUCUGACAGUGGUUUCUGAAUGCAAGAGCUCUCCCAGAGUUUUAACAGUGAUUUCUAGCUAGAGCAAAGUUUUUGUCAGCAUGAACACUGUAGUUGUACAAGUGGGGCAGCUCUAGAGAGUUUCUUAAUCUGAUUGUAUGGACCAAAUGUUGACUGAAACAAUUAGUUGUUUUUCCACAUGAAAGUAAUGCCAUUAGCUUUCCAAAGGCAUUAUAUAAAGAAAUAAUUACUGUAAUCUAGAAUUACAGAAUUACAGGAUGUAAUGAGACAGAACGUGUGUAAAGUAUUUUUCAACAAUGGUGGUUUCAUUGUCUAAAUUUAAAGUUAUUCUAUGGAGCAAACACCAUUUCAGCUUCUGUACAUGUAAACCUACUUCUCCUGCAGUUUUAUUUUGAAUCAAAGUAAGCUCACGAUCCACUGUUGUAUUCUCGUGGAGAUUUUUUAUCUUUCAGUCAUAUUGACUGUUCUUAAAAUGACCAGAGUCAUCUAUUUCUGUCUAGUGUCUGAUGAAUGAAUGUCGACUGUCUCUUCAGAACCUUGACUGUAACUUGUAAAAUUCUCUAGUGUUCUUGUGGAUGACUUGAGGUUUUUUGUGCCUUCUUUAUUUAUAAGUUGUAAAGAAUCUUUAUAUAUUUCUGCUAUCACCUGUUUGUAAUUUAUAUGGUCUAGUUCAAGUUUUCCAGUUGUGUAAAAUUGCUGUUGUUUUUUUAAGAGAAAAUAAACUGAUCUUUGGCAUGAACCAGCCAAUGAAAUUGA